UUUAAUUUUAUAAUGGCAACACUAAACCCCUCGCCAUUUUGCGAGAAUGUCAGCCAAAUCAUCAGCUUGCAUUUUUCGUUAAUUUUAUGUUGUUUUACAUUAUAGUUACAGUGAUUUUUGUUUAAAAAAGUUAUUGAACAGUUAAAUUAUCAUAAUGGAUCGUUUUAUAAGCAUGUGGAAAGUGCGGGAGCUGGCGGAUAAAGUUACAAAUGUAGUAAUGAACUACACAGAGAUCGAAGGCAAGGUCCGCGAAGCGACAUCCGACGAGGCCUGGGGUCCGACCGGGCAGCAAAUGCAGGAGCUGGCCCUGGCGACCUUCACAUAUGAACACUUCCCUGAGGUCAUGUCCAUGUUAUGGAGGAGGAUGUUGCAUGAUAACCGGUCACACUGGCGAAGGACUUACAAGUGCCUACUCCUGCUAAGCUACUUGGUGCGAAACGGCUCCGAGCGAGUGGUCACAUCAGCUCGGGAACACAUAUACGAUCUACGCUCACUAGAGAACUACACUUAUGUGGACGACGUGGGCAAAGACCAGGGUAUCAAUGUCCGCCACAAGGUGCGUGAAUUGAUCGACUUCAUCCAAGAUGAUGAUAAACUGAGAGAGGAGAGGAAAAAGGCUAAGAAGAAUAAGGACAAAUAUAUUGGCAUGUCGUCGGAAGCGGGCGCCAUGGGCAUGCGCGGGUCGGGAGGCUGGGGCGAGUACAGCGACCGCGGCGGCGGCGGCAGCAACUGGGAUGAACCCAAAGAGCGGAACGACGAAGAAGAUUACGACCGAGCAGAUGACUCAGAUGGUGACUAUAGUCACGGGCCUAGUCAUGUCAGCGCCAGAAAACCAAACAAGGAAAACGUAUAUCGAGACGACGGCGCCGGCAGCCCUCCGCCUCGCUCACUCAGCUCACGUUCCGCCGAGCGCGAGCGAGACCGCGACACCGAGGGCUACGUCAGCGCGGCGGGACUCAGUUCCUCGACAGGACUCGGAUCGGGGAACACGCUUAAUAUCAGCUUAAAGAGCCCCGCCAAGACUAAAAGCAGUACGCCUACCAAAAAGAUCGAUUUAGGCGCUGCCGCGAGCUACGGCAAGUCCGCUUCAGCUCCAGCGCCCACUCCAGUGGCUUCCACGAACAACCAAUCACAAGAACUGUUGGACGACUUGUUCAAGACUUGUCCCGUACCGGGCGCACCACAGGGUGGACUUAUUGAAGACGACUUCGACCCCAGACUUGUCCCGUACCGGGCGCACCACAGGGUGGACUUAUUGAAGACGACUUCGACCCCAGGUAACAUUCACAUCUCAUUAACAGCGCCCACUCCAGUGGCUUCCACUAACCACCAAUCACAAGAACUGUUGGACGACUUGUUCAAGACUUGUCCCGUACCGGGCGCACCACAGGGUGGACUUAUUGAAGACGACUUCGACCCUAGACUUGUCCCGUACCGGGCGCACCACAGGGUGGACUUAUUGAAGACGACUUCGACCCCAGGUAACAUUCACAUCUCAUUAACAGCGCCCACUCCAGUGGCUUCCACUAACAACCAAUCACAAGAACUGUUGGACGACUUGUUCAAGACUUGUCCCGUACCGGGCGCACCACAGGGUGGACUUAUUGAAGACGACUUCGACCCCAGACUUGUCCCGUACCGGGCGCACCACAGGGUGGACUUAUUGAAGACGACUUCGACCCUAGUUAACAUUCACAUCUCAUUAACAGCGCCCACUCCAGUGGCUUCCACUAACCACCAAUCACAAGAACUGUUGGACGACUUGUUCAAGACUUGUCCCGUACCGGGCGCACCACAGGGUGGACUUAUUGAAGACGACUUCGACCCCAGGGCCGAAGACCCCAAACCGGCACCAACCAGCACCGAGUUUGGAGACUUCUCCAACGCCUUUGGGGCCCCUGAACCUGCCUCCAACGAUGGCUUCGCAGACUUCAGCAGUGCCUUCACCGGAGUCCCGGCCAACUUCGGGGCACCAGCUGCCUUUGGGGCUCCGGCCAGCAAUAACUUUGUCGCUCCGGCCAGCAAUAACUUUGUCGCUCCGGCCAGCAAUAACUUUGUCGCUCCGGCCAGCAAUAACUUUGUCGCUCCGGCUAGUAACAAUUUUGGAGCACCGGCUAUGAACAACAGUUUUGUGGCAAAUGUUACUACACCGGUUAAUAAUAAUGCUGCACCCCAAGCGCUGGCAUCGAACCUGGACCUGCUCGGCGACCUGGCCCCUCCCCCCUCCCCGGCGGGCUUCCCCGAGCUGGCCGCGCUGGCGGCACAGCUGUCUGAAGUCACGCUGCAGCCUACACAGACUGGUAUCCAACCAACGCCCGUCGACUUCCUGCAACCAACGGCAACCAACCAGGCUAGCAAACCCGCAACCAAGCUCGGGGCAACCUGGGCCGACUCCACCGGCGCCAUCAACCUAGACUUAGACAACCUACUAGCCCCUAGGUCGCCUAAAGCAGGCCCUGCACCUACUAUAAAUCAACUGAAAUCUAGCCCGAAUAGCCCAGCAAAACAACCUAAUAUGAUGCCAAUGUCAUUCCAAUACCAACAGCCUAUGAAUAUGAACUUGAACAAUAAUUUUGCUCCCAACAGGGCACAGUUUAACCAGAACCUUUUACAAUGAUAUUGGUUAAUGGCUGAUCCAUGCCAGAAUGGUUAGGUUGAGGUUUUUGAGCAAUGAAAUUGUUUUUUGUGGGAAAAAUGUGCUCAAUUUUGUGCUUUUAUAAACCACUUAAUUUAAAAUCGUAUAUUUUAUUGUCGUUUUUAUUCCUUUUUUCAAUGCUAAAAGGGAUAAACGGUGUUUCCUUUAUGGACUUGUCCAAUUUUUUCAUUGCUCUAAAAUCCAAAUAAUUUAAUAUUAGAAAUUGAAGAUUUGGGAUUUGUUUUCUACGGUUUAGAUAUAUUAAUAUGCAACAAAAGUACGGAGGGUCAACCGAGAGAUGCUGCAAAAUAUGCCAAAAUAGACUUAAUAAACCAAUCAGGUAUCUAACCCUUUACCAGGCUAAGGGGUAUAUAUUUCCCACAUACGGCACUUCAAAUAUGUGUUCUAUUCUCGAUCAGUAAGACUGACAUUCGAUUGUCAUUUUUGAACUGUCCGCCUGGUAAAUGGUUAAUUAUAACUGAGAUGUAAGUACACAAACGAAGGAAGUUAUUCAAAAAAGUUCCAUUGCUUGCAUCUCAAAGGGACGGCCCGGCGCGACUUCUAAAUUUCACAUAAAUUCACAAGUGAGUUGCAUCAAUAACAUUCUUUAAGCAUAAACACACGACACCUAUAACCACAUAUUGCAAAUACAUAUUAACGUUUAACCCCUAAACUGCGAGGGAAGAAAAUUUGCCUGCAAAAAUCACCUGGAGUUAAAUAAUUGUAUUUUGUUUCUGUUUGCUGAUCCUAUAUCGUGUCAAUGGAAAGCGAGGGGUUAAUGUAAGAAUGUGCCGUUUCAUUUUCAGGUUACAGAUGUUAUUUGAUCAAUUUAUCGUUCAUAUGUCGUCGGUCAAAUCUGAAAGUAGAUACUACCCUUUCAGACAAGGUGCGGCUUCAACUGAUUGAUAUGACCGAUUUGCGACGCCACCGCGUAAAUGCUGCAAUAUGAUUGGCAAAAAUGUGCGCGAAAAGAAAGGUGCAUCGUUGUUAUUAAAGUAGUAUUGUACAUAUAGUUCGACAGUGGUGCAUAUCAGCCUAUAUCAGAGGAUAUUAUGUAUGCAUGUACAUAAGAUGUCGUUUGCGAUGUGCAAUAUGUAAGAUGAUCUUAAACUUUCCUUUGUUGGUUAUGAAAUGUUGUGUAAAUUAGUGCUCUUCGGUCUGAUUUGAUCAUAACUGACAACUUAUCUUAGGUUGGUGAAAUUGAUAUUAGUUAAAAAAACGAUAUGUUUUUCUAUAUCUAAAGUGAUAUAUGUAAUUCGUUGAUUGAGCCAAAUUUACAAUAGAUUGGAAACUUAUAAAAUGAGCAUCAAUUAGUUAUUAAUGUUGUCUUUAGUGUAAAAAAAAAUGUCUGUAAAAUUGCUACAAACGCUAUAUAUAUACGCUGUACUGUACAUUCCUUGUAAUUUCCUUAAUACUAAAAAAAAUCCUUUAUAAUUCACGUUUUAUUUGAACCUGAUGUGUCUUGAUAAUAAUUUAAUCGGUUUUAAGUCGUUUUCAUGAUAGAAAUAGGAACGAAAACGUGGCAAUAUGUAGAUAACGCCCAAAGUGCUCUCGCCUUAUAUCAGGGUUAUUCCCACU